GGAGCUUGCAAGGUGCUGCACAUUAUUAGUAAACAUUGGAACGUUUGUUGAUGGGGUAGACAUUUUUAUUUUAUUUUGUUUGUAGAUGUGCAUAAUGGACAUUCACUUUUGAAUUAGGGCUAGUUUAGUUCCUGUAAGCUUCAGAAGUUUCUAUUUGUGCUUGUCAAUCACAACUAUGACUCUCCGAGCGUGUCAGAGUACGACACGUGCUUUGUUAGCUAGAAAUCUGAGCUGGCGAGCUGCUACUGCCCUAGUCCGGUUACUUGGAAAAAAGUAUUCUGAGAAAAAUAGCCCUUACAGCACUACAGCCGGAAAGGAAUCAGAGAAAGUCGCCGGGCGGACUGUGGUGAAGGAGAGGAGGGGGUCAGUGGUCACCGUGGCGAUCAACAGGCCCGAGGUGCGGAACGCGGUGAACCAGGAGACUGCUGGACGGCUGCUGGACGAGCUCACGGCCUUCGACAGCGACCCCGCCCUGACCGUAGCAGUGCUGCAUGGCAACGGAGGGAAUUUCUGUGCUGGUUACGAUCUGAAAGAGCUGGCCCAUCACACUGCCUCCCUCAAAUUGGAGCAAGAUGUCACCAAAGGUCCUGCUCCUAUGGGUCCCUCCCGACUGGUGUUGUCCAAGCCGUUGAUAGCAGCGGUCAGUGGCUACGCAGUGGCUGGAGGGCUGGAGCUGGCUCUGUUGGCUGACCUGAGAGUGGUGGAGAAGAGCGCUGUCAUGGGGGUGUUCUGUCGCAGAUUUGGCGUCCCCUUGAUUGAUGGGGGUACAGUCCGGCUCCCCCGUCUCAUUGGUCUCUCCCGGGCUAUGGACUUGAUUCUGACUGGAAGACCCAUUGGGGCACAGGAGGCCUUAGCCUUCGGAUUGGCUAACAGAGUGGUACCGGAUGGCCAAGCUCUGCAGGCAGCUCUGGAGCUAGCUGAGCAGAUCAGCACCUUCCCCCAGCAGUGCAUGCGUGCAGACCGCUCCUCUGCCCUCUACAGUGUCUAUGAUGCCCCCUCCUUCAGCUUGGCCUUGCAGUACGAAAUGGACCAUGGAGCGCCAAUCAUCCAGACUGAGUCUGUCGCCGGGGCAACCACGUUCAGCUCAGGGACAGGAAGAGGCGGGAAAUUCUCCUCAAAGCGCUAGUAACACUUUAUUUAGGUAUGCCUAUUUUUUUCCCCCUUUAUUUAACCAGGUAGGCUAGUUGAGAACAAGUUCUCAUUUGCAACUGCAACUUGUCCAAGAUAAAGCAUAGCAUUUUGACAUAUACAACAACACAGAGUUACACAUGGAAUAAACAAAACAUAGUCAGUAAUACAGUAGAAAAAAAAGAAAGAAAAAA